AUGGGUGUAGGCAAAAGCACUACAGUUAAUGUAAGUUUUAAUCAUUCCGAUUCAUUUUAUUAUGCUGGUGAAGAAGUAACUGGUAUUGUUUCAUAUCAUAAUACUCAUAAAACAUUACAUGUUAAAUCUAUAUUUAUUGAUUUUAUUGGUGAAUUUUGUUAUACAACACCAUAUACACAUCAAUAUCCGAAUGAAGCUGAUUAUUCAAAUAUAGAACAACGUCCAGUACAUCAUCGAAUACCAUUUAUAAAUAAUCGUUUUCCUGUAAUUCAUCCAGAAGCAAAUCAAGAUGAAGUAAUUCUUGAACGUGGUGAAUAUUCAUGGCCAUUUCAAUUUACUCUUCCUCAAUCUUUACCACCAUCAUCAAGUCCAUCGACAACUUCAUAUCCUUAUGUAAGAUAUUAUGCACGUAUUGUUGUUGGCAAAUCACGAUAUCAACGAACUAUGAAACCAAUUUAUCCAUUAACAGUUUUUCCAAAUGUUAAUCUUUUUUAUACAAAUGAUGGACGACAACCUGUUUUACUUUCUAGUCGCAAUCGUAAAAAUUUAAAAGUUAAACUUUAUUUAGAUCAACGUGGUAUUUUACCCGGUCAAAAUAUAUCUCUUCAUAUUGAUCUUCAAAAUCCGAAACGUUUAAAAAUACAAAGAAUCGAAGCAACAUUAAUUCAACAUAGACAAGUUGCACUCGAUCAUCAUGCAGAAACUAUUUUUCAAAAAAAUCUACCUAAUAUAGCCAAUUUCGAUAAGGCAGAAUUACACCAAACUUUUGAUUUACAAGUACCAUCGAAUCAUUUACCGCCAACAUAUACUUGUAAAGUUAAAUGUCAUAGUGCAUCUAUACGUACUAAUAUUUAUUAUGAAUUAAAAUUGGAAAUAAAAGUGGAUGAUGUACUUUGUAAUAUGAAAUUCAAUAUUCCAAUUAUUAUUGCAACAGAAUCAUUACCAGAUCGAUAUCAAAUAGGAAAUAACAAUUCUACUGAUAUGCCUAUUCCAUAUUCAGCUGUUUUAGAAGAAACAGAUAUACUACCUAGUUAUGAAUUUGCAAUAAAAAAUUGUAAAUUAGAAUGA